AUGGUUGCUGAAGCUUGGAUUGUAAAGAUGGGUAACCAGGUAAGUGCCAAUCUCAAGCAAGCUCUUCUUCUUGAAGUUUCUGCGAAGAGCAAACAGAAUAUUAAAAGGGAAGAGAGCAAAGUAAUGAUAGGGAUUCUUUCAUUUGAAGUAGCAAAUGUGAUGUCCAAAACUGUUCACCUUCACAAAUCUUUGUCAGAGUCUGAGAUAGUAAAGCUCAGGAAUGAAAUCUCCAACUCAGAGGGUGUUCAAAACUUGGUUUCCUCUGAAGAGGCUUACCUCCUCCAGCUAGCAAAAGCAGAGAAGCUUGAGGAGUUGAACCGUGUUGCUAGUGUGGUUUCUAGGUUGGGGAAUAAGUGCUCUGUGCCUGCUUUGCAAGGUUUUGAGCAUGUGUAUGGGGACAUUGUUAGUGGGGUUAUAGAUGUGAAGGAACUGGGGUUCUUGGUUAAGCAUAUGGAAGGAAUGGUGAGGAAGAUGGAUAGGUAUGUUAGUGCCACCCGGAGUUUGUACUGUGAAAUGGGGGUUUUGAAUGAGUUGGAGCUAGCAGUGAAGAAGUCUCAGCAAAACCAGCAUGAGGAGAGUAGAAGAGCGUUUGCGCAAAAACUCACAUGGCAAAAGCAAGAUGUGAGGCGUCUAAAGGAGAUUUCACUGUGGAAUCAGACCUUUGAUAAGGUUGUUGAGUUGUUGGCCCGGACAGUUUGUACCAUUUAUGCUAGGAUUUGUAUGAUCUUUGGCGAUUCUAAUGUGAGGAGGAAUAGCCUUGGUCUUAGUGGGGGCUCAUCACCUGUGCAAAAUGAAUGUGGGUUAGUGUCUGGCCAGAUUAGUGUUCCUAAGAGUUCAGAGAAGUUGAAAAACAAUCAUGGCAAGAGAAAUGGUUGUCAUUUGGGUUUGACUGGGAGAAUUGCUGUGGAGACGAAGGGAACUGUUAGUAGGCCUCGCAUGGACACAAGGAGAGGUGAAUUAGCAUAUCUUCAAGUUGAAGAUAUUGGUUUUCCUUGUGGAACAAGUCCGGGGAGACUUUUCAUGGAUUGUCUAAGUUUAAGCAGCUCAGUUUCAAAAUUUGAUGAUGAUGAAGAUUAUGUUAUUGAACAUGAGGACCAAUACAAUCACACAUCAAGCUGUCAUAGUGUUGGGAUUGAGAGUAAUAUCAAGAAAAGGGUGCACUUUUGCCAUUCUUCUGGUGGUCAAAAUCACGCUCAAAGUGGUGUUCCUUUCAUUGGAGAUCUAAGGCAAGUCCAAUUUGGUGUUCAAAAUUGCUCAACCUUUGGUCCCAAGAGCAGAUUAGCUGUUUAUGCUCCUCCUUCUACUCUUGGAGGCUGUGCUCUGGCAUUGCACUAUGCCAAUGUCAUAAUUGUCAUAGAGAAACUCCUCAGCUAUCCACAUUUAGUUGGUGAGGAAGCUAGGGAUGAUCUAUAUCAGAUGCUACCAGCGAGCUUAAGGUUAUCUCUGAAAGGCAAACUUAAGACCUAUGUCAAAAACUUGGCCAUAUAUGAUGCCCCUCUUGCCCAUGAUUGGAAGGUGACUCUUGAUGGGAUACUUAAGUGGCUUGCUCCACUUGCCCAUAAUAUGAUCAGAUGGCAAGGUGAGAGGAAUUUUGAGCAACACCAAAUUGUUAGCAGGACAAAUGUGCUGCUAUUUCAGACAUUAUACUUCGCUGAUAAGGACAAGACAGAGGACACUAUAUGCCAGCUUCUCAUAGGACUGAAUUACAUAUGCCGUUACGAACAACAACAAAACGCGUUAUUGGGUUGUGCAAGCAGUUUUGAUUUUGAAGAUUGCAUGGAAUGGCAAUUGCAAUGUGGCGCUUUUCCCAGUUGA